CAUGAUCAGCGAUUUUACUGGGGCUUGUCUCCCCCUUCCCUUUUAGCAAGCUGCCUGUAUUCUGGUAACAGGGAUUAUGAGUCGAUGCUGUUUUAUAGAGGUGAUAACACUGGUAGUACAGGUCCAACCUCAUCUGGAAAACCCAACCAGGUAUCACAUCCAGCAAGCCCAGAGGCAGCAGGUGAAACAGUACCUGACUCUUGAUUCCAAGUUGGUCAACCAACACCUUUCCCUGUCACAGGUGCAGGCCACGGAGGCCCCAUCGCUCCUUCAGAAUGGUCAUCUCCCUCCUCCUAGUGACACCAGCCGAGCAGAAAACCCGGUCAGCAAGUUACUAGCUCUCAGAAGAGACCAUGAAAAGGCGAUGGAGGAGGUUAUCGAGGACAUAAUCAGUCUGGAAUCGAGUUUGAAUGAUAAAGGAUUGAGCUGCUCAGACCCUCCAUUCCUAAUGCAAAGUGCGCUCUCUAGCAGCAUUUUGGAUGUAUACGGUAAUGACCAGGGAAUCUCAUCUGCUAAUAUGGGCCUGACGAAUGCUUCCUGCCCAGGUAGUCUACCUGUGAAAAGGGAAAUUACAGAAGCAGAUAAUCGGGCCUUGGCUAAAGAAAGGCAAAAGAAGGACAAUCACAACCUCAUUGAAAGAAGAAGACGGUACAAUAUUAAUUACAGAAUCAAGGAGCUCGGCAGUCUUAUUCCAAAGUCUAAUGAUCCUGAUAUGCGCUGGAACAAAGGGACAAUUUUAAAAGCAUCAGUAGAAUACAUCAAGUGGCUACAGAAAGAACAACAGAGAUCCAGAGAAUUAGAACACAGACAGAAGAAAUUAGAGCAAGCUAACCGACACCUUCUACUUCGUAUUCAGGAACUAGAAAUUCAGGCCCAUGCACAUGGACUGCCAAUUGUGUCGACCCUCAACACGUUUGAUCUUGCUGCCCAAGUCAUCAAGCAACAGAUGCACCCUGAGGAGAAUUCGAAUUCAGUAGACUAUUCCCAGCAGCUGAGUCUCUCUCACGGACCAAGUUCUGAUGUCAGUGUUGGAUCCACGGCCUUCUCCGAUCCCCUGUCCCACUUUACCGACUUAUCUUUUAGCGCUGCUCAGAAAGAGGAGCAGAGGUUGGAGGAAAUAUUACUGGACGACGCGUUGUCUCCAUUUGGAACCGAUCCACUCCUUUGUGCCCCAUCGCCAACGGUUUCCAAAGAGAGUAGUCGAAGGAGCAGUUUUAGCUCAGAUAAUGGAGAUGAGCUGUAAAAGCUGGGUGGGCCCCAAUUGGUAAAUUGAGUGGAAAUCCGUCGCUGGUGCUAUGAAAUGGGGUGCUGAAUCUGGUAUGUCGUCGCCGCUGAAUGAACGAAAGGUGAAUGGCGUUCAAGGAAAAUGCAUUUGCCAGCAGUGUUUCUAUCUGGCCAGAAAAGGCAUAUUGGCAGGAAAAUGUACUGUGAAGUUGCAAACUUCACUCUGUCAAAGGAAGUCCGAUCCUCUUCUAUGUACUGUAUUCCCUUCUAUGGCAAGACAAGUGUUUUACUCUCUGUCUAAAGCGCUACUGAAAGGUUUCAAAGAAAACAGGUAAUCUUGGCCCCACUAAAACCCCCCAACAGUCUUUCCCUCUUCAGAGGCAGCCAUUAAGUUGAUUUUUGUUUUUUAUAAGGUCAAAGCAGACUUUAACAAAUUAGUCUUGAAUGGGAAAGUAAACGAACUAGGUUCUCUUUUGCUUUGUGAAGAGCUGUCACACUGUCCUUUAGAAGCAGAGAGGGGGCUUCGGGUUAAUGUUUGAGGACUGGGGAUCAUUUCACAGAGGGGUGAAAUUCUCAGAGGAUCGCAGCUGCUGGUUAGCCAUGGAUUUCAAGCUCCUCCUUACUGUCCUUCCAGAAUUGUUAACAGGAAAUGACAAAUUGCCAUUGCUGGGGACAUGGUAUAGGUCCCCAAAAAAGGGUCGGUUCUUUGCCAGUGCAUUCACUGACUGCUCUUUUACUGGAUUAGAUUUCUGGUUUCUAAAGAGUGAGCUGUGAGCCUAAAUGUAGCUUUUGAAUCGACUAAGCCAGAACAAGUCUUAAUGAUACAUUUUUUAAGAUUCUCAAUGCACUUUUCACAAUAACCAACCUUGUCUUGAACUUUAAGAUUCAAUAGGUUAUACUUGAAUUUCAUGAUAGGAAAAUUACUUCCAGAUGAGGCAAUGUCUUAAGAAUCUCCAUGAUUUUUAUUUUUGUUUUCUAUCGAGUCAACAUUUGAAAUUACAGCUCCAUUGUCUUCUCCUGUAGUGAAAUUCAGGCUAUAUAUGUCCUAUGCAGAGAUAAUCAAUUGGCUUAUUAUAAGUAAAUGCUAUUUCAAUGUGGAGCUAUUUUCUGUCUCAGAAUUACCCAUGAUUCCUUGAGUUCAUCUAGACUGACAGAUCCCAGAUUCUCUCUGAAUUGGGUGUUGAACAGAGCUCCCAAAUUCAGGAGGUCAGCAUCUCCUUGAUUGGGUGUGAAGCCAUAUUCUGCCUUAGUUACCAAGAGAGUUUGCCCAUGUGGUGCAAUUGCAAAUAGUUGGCUACUUGGUCUUAAAUUGGUACCUCUGGGGAGUGUGGCAGGCAGGUUACACCAGAACACUCUCUGGACCUAGUCCCCUCUUUCCACCCACAACAAUGGGAGCCUAGGGAUAGUGGUCAUAGACACAGCUGUGUUUUUCCCAGCCUUGAUUCUGACCUGUUGACACCAUUUCUGGGUUGAAUUACCAAGACCAGACCUACCAAAGCCCCCUCCAUCUCUGAGUUCCAAGGAAAAUCAGAAAAAAAAUGUUUCCAUGGUGGUUUCAUUGUUUUCCAUGAAUAAAUAACAUUUCUCUCGAAUGGAAUCACAGUGACCUCCCUGCACACCCACAAUUCAUAAUCCAGGUUUUUCCAUAUUUCUGUGAUUGAAGGUGGCACCCUAUAAUGUAAAACAGUUAUGUUCCUUGAAGAAUACAAACUCCUUAAAGGGCAGACAAAGAUUGUGACUUCUAACUUCCCUUCAGUGGUCCUUCAGAACUCUAACGCAGAUGCCCUCCGGCUCGCUGAUUCAUGUACUUUGAGUUUAUCAAUUAGUUCAAAAGCAUCCUAUUACCUGUGAUCUGAUCCACUUCCUCUGAUUUGUCUGUUACAAUAAACAAUUUUGGAUGGGAAAUCA